GUCCCCCCGAUACCAGCUGGAGUGUUAGGGUUUGUCGGGAUGGGGCGUCACUGCCCUGUGACCGCUCUGUGUUGCAGCAGAACCCAGCGCUGGCCCAGCCACCCCCGAGGGGCACGGUGGGCAGAGAUGCCGCAGUGACCGGGACUGCCCGGGAGCAGAGAUGUGCUGCAGCCAUCGGUGCCGCGCAGAGUGCCCCGCGCAGGGCGAAGGGACCCCCACAUCUGGCCCAGCCACCCCCGAGGGGCACAGUGGGCAGAGAUGCCACAGUAACCAGGACUGCCCGGGAGCAGAGAGGUGCUGCAGCCAUCGGUGCCGCCAGGCAUGCCCAGCGCAGGGCAGUGGGAAGCCUGGAUUCUGCCCUGUGCGCAACGGGCUCUACUUCAGCUAUGAGUGCGAAGCCAGAUGCCGAGGGGACGGCGAGUGCCCCGGGGCCCAGAAGUGCUGCCUGCGCGGCUGCGACCACGAGUGCUUGGCCCCUUCUGAAGAGAAGCCCGGCAUCUGCCCCCUGACAGACGGGAUAACGUCCGAUUCCCCCUCGUGCAAGUCCUCGUGCGCAGAGGACAAGGAGUGUGCAGGGGACCAGAAGUGCUGUGACAGUGGGUGUGGCCGGACAUGCCAGGCCCCGGAGAGAGAGAAACCUGGCACGUGCCCAAAGCAGAAGCCCUGGCAAACACUGGUGCCGUGCAACGAGCAGGACGCCUGCAUUCAUGACCGGGAUUGCCCCAGGCAGGAGAAGUGCUGCUUCGCCGGCUGUGCCAUGCGCUGCGGCCCCCACUACAAAGAGCAUCCCGGUGCCUGUCCCAGGGCAAAGGCCUGCAGCGACCCGAGGCAGCGCCGGUCAAACCAGUGCCUGGACGACCACGUGUGCGAGAGACACGAGAAGUGCUGCGAGACGGGGUGCCGCCGGGAGUGUGUGGCCAUGCGAACAGAGAGCGAGGACAAGCCUGGGGACGGCACCACAGGCCCCUGCGUGGACGAGUGCAGGGCUGACGAGGAGUGUCCCAGAGGACAAAGAUGCAGAAACAAUGGCUGUGGCCGUGUCUGCCAGGAAGUCUCCCGAGACGUCAGCGUCUCUGCCGAAACUGGCCAGGACCCUCGUUCCUGCUUGGGUCGAGCUCUGUCCCAGCCAGGUUCUGUCCUGCCCUCGUGCCUGGAGUGCGGGAGGCGCUGUGCCUGA